CUCACAAGACGCAGAUCUGAUUACAACUACUUUACAUUAGAUAGCUAUUAAGCUACAUAACGUAAUUUGUUAACUAGCUACGCUAUCUCUUGUUAGAGGUUCUCCGGUAGGAGAAACCCAAUUGUUAUUAAGAUAGGUUUCGUUAUUAUCCGAAUAUGAGACCGGGUGGAACUUGGAGGCUAUAAAAUCCAGGUCAAGUUAGUUUGCUGGGGAUAAUUCAGGAUGCUGCAGGGACCAUACGGGAGUCUGGGGGAUCGGGAAAAGCCGCUCAUCCGGCUGCCCUUUACAGACUUCGCUGUUGGAACUGUUUUACUCGCUCUCACCGGUCUUAUAGCCUGCAUAGUCAUCUCGCUGAUGAUCCAUUUCGAUGAGUCCACCUAUACCCACUGCCAGGUGCCUAACUAUCUCCCCUCCAUCAGUGCAUCUAUCAGUCUAGUACCAGAGCGCUACAUCUGGAGGUUCUGUAUCGGUCUGCAUUCCGCACCUCGUUUCCUUGUGGCAGCAGUCUACUUCUGCUUCUACCGUGGACGCUUUGCUAAGAGUUUUCCUGACCUGGCUCUUAGUGGCCUUGCACUGAUCACUGCCAUUGUUGAGAAUGUAGGCCUUCUGCUGCUCACAUACGUGUCUUCCACAGAGACCUACAGUGUUCACAAGAACGGUUUCAUCACAUUCAUCGCCAGCUCUCUGCUACACAUGCUUAUUACCUGCAGACUAUGGCAGGUGAUUAAGAAGUUCAGUCUGAACCCAGAGCUUUGUCCUUCUUUGUGCCUGGGCUGGACUCCUGAUGUAUAUCCUCCUGUGCUGGAGGGUCGUGGUCUGGUCGGCAGUGGCUGGCAUGGACCCAGCAUGGGUGGGGUUGCUGGCCGACACGCCAGUAUCAUAAAUGCAAAAAGCUUGGAGCUUGUGUCGUUCCGCUGGAAGGUGCGUCUCUUUGUCUUCAAUGUCAGCUGUUGUCUGAUCGCCGCCUACUUUUUCAGACGCCACAACAAGUAUUGUGAACCAGGAAUCUACACUAUGUUUGCUCUAUGCGAGUACCUGGUGGUCCUCUCCAACAUGGCCUUCCACAUGACAGCAUUCUUGGACUUUGCAAACAAGGAAUUAAUGGUGACUACACCCACAGAGGAUAAACACUACUAAGGACAAAGAAACAGAUCAGGAGGACGCAAUAUACACUUUCAUUAUCCUCAUAGUCCUGAAAGUGACAACAUCGGAUUGCUAUUACAGGGGCAUCUCUAUUGCAUUUAUAUAUUUGCCUCAUGGGCAGCUCGCAGGAAAAUUUGAAAAUAAAAAAUACAUAAGAAAUAUUAAAAUGUCAAAUAUAUUUCCAAACUUGUGUGUGU